AAAGGGGAAGGCACAGAAAUACCCCACAGAGAGAUCAGAAUAUUAGUCUAGAUACCAAGAGCUGCAGAGGAGACAGCUCCUGUACCAAUGGCUGUGAGCAGGAGUGUCAUGGAGGCAGGUGUCUGUGUGAUGGGGCAUGUGCCCCAUACUGGUACUGAGAGGGUAAUGGGAGCUUUGGAACUCAAUUCACUCAAUUCACCUAGCCUGAAAGGAGGAGCGGAGUCGGAGAGCCUGGGAGAAGUACAGUGGUGGAGCUGAAACGUGGCCUGUCUGCAGGGCGGAGCUGUGUGAAGAGACUGGCCACCACAGGACAGCAUGACGGUCAGCCAGGGGUGCUAGAGAGGAAGGAGCUGCUAUGCAAGACCCAACGAGGAGGGGGCGAGCCACUUAGACAAGCAGACACCUGCCACGUCUAGGACAAUCUGAGACAGGACAUACCACAAGUUCUUAUUGCCUGAGAAAAAGAAAUACUAACUUAGACUGAUUGAAGUAGACGUGAGAUCAUCAUAGCGUGGGAAAGACGCAAGCUGCUGGUAUCUGACCCCGGGAUUUAUGCUGCUAAUCUGAUUACUGUAUGAUGGAAGUGUCCAGUUGGAAGGAGAUGGAGGUGGCACUAGUCAGUUUCGACAACACUGAUGAGAUAACGGAAGAUCCCUGUUAUUCAAACGACUUCAGCACUGCUGCCCAAUUACAGAAGGGGCAUCCCAGCUGUGCCAGCCUCUUACCCCACUGGAGAAUCCUCCUCAAUAGCGAGAACACCAACAAUGAGACCAUUUUCUCCAAGUUCUCUGCUGAGUUUGGCGAGCACCUGAUGGGGGAGCGGGAGGGCAUGGACGAGGGUGAACAGAGAGUCAUCAUCAACAUUGCUGGGCUGAGGUUCGAGACGCAGCUCAAAACCCUCAAUCAGUUCCCAGAGACACUACUCGGGGACCCGGAGAAGCGGAUGCGCUACUUUGACUCCAUGAGAAACGAGUAUUUCUUUGACAGGAACAGGCCCAGUUUCGAUGGGAUCCUCUACUACUACCAGUCCGGUGGGAAAAUCCGGCGCCCGGCCAAUGUCCCCAUAGAUGUCUUUGCCGAUGAAAUCACCUUCUAUGAGCUGGGCAAUGAAGCCAUGGACCAAUUCAGGGAAGAUGAAGGGUUCAUCAAGGACCCUGAGACUCUUCUGCCCACUAAUGACUUUCACAGGCAGUUCUGGCUGCUGUUUGAGUACCCCGAAAGUUCCAGUGCGGCCAGGGGCGUGGCUUUGGUCUCAGUCUUGGUCAUCGUUAUUUCCAUCAUCAUCUUCUGUGUGGAGACCUUGCCUGAGUUCAGGGAGGAACGGGAGUUCAAGGCCAUCAAGGACGCCACUAACAACUUGACCAAAGCCAACCUGGCCCCGAGCACCUUCACGGACCCCUUCUUUGUCAUAGAGACAGCCUGCAUCAUCUGGUUCUCGUUUGAACUCUUCGUCAGAUUCGUGGUCUGCCCCAGCAAGGCUGCGUUCUUCAGGAACAUCAUGAACAUCAUCGACAUUGUGUCCAUCAUUCCCUACUUCGUGACACUCAUUACUGAGCUGGUCCAGCACAGCGAACAAAAUGGGCAGCAGAACAUGUCCCUGGCGAUACUGAGGAUCAUCCGCCUGGUCCGGGUCUUCCGCAUCUUCAAGCUCUCGCGGCAUUCCAAGGGCCUGCAGAUUCUGGGGCAGACCCUCAAGGCCAGCAUGCGGGAGCUGGGCUUGCUCAUCUUCUUCCUCUUCAUCGGAGUCAUCCUCUUCUCCAGCGCCAUCUACUUUGCAGAGGUGGACGAGCCACAGUCUCAUUUCUCCAGCAUCCCUGAUGGGUUCUGGUGGGCCGUGGUCACCAUGACAACUGUCGGCUAUGGAGACAUGUGCCCUACCACGUUGGGUGGGAAGAUAGUGGGGACCCUGUGUGCUAUUGCGGGGGUAUUAACCAUCGCACUCCCUGUCCCGGUCAUCGUCUCCAACUUUAACUAUUUCUACCACAGGGAGACGGAGAAUGAGGAGAAGCAGAUUCUACCCAGGGAAGUGGAGAAAAUACUUACCAGCAUGGCUGCGGCCAAUGGCAGCAUGGAGUCCUUGAACAAAACCAAUGGGGGUUGUGACCACGACAAGCCCAGGAAGUGAUGACAGAUCAUGGGUUUGAAAGGACUGCCUGGUAUCAGAAUGGAUUUGAUAAAUGAAUUGGGUGUAAACCAU